GGUAGCGACGUAAUGCUCCCUCUGUCGGCUGCAUCCUCCUCCCAAACCAAAGACCGCCAAAGAGGCUGCAUUUAUCCGGCUUAUAAUAAGUCUUCAGUCCUGUAUUUGUUAUUUUUUAAGUGAUGUAGAAUGGCGUCUGCAUUUGGGAAGAUUGUCGUCGGUACUUAUGUGGAGAUAAAGCGCAGCGAUGGACGCAUCCAUCAGGCCAUGGUGACCUCACUGAAUGAGGACAAUGAGAGCGUCACAGUGGAGUGGAUAGAAAAUGGAGACACAAAAGGGAAAGAGAUUGACUUGGAGAGUAUAUUUGCACUUAAUCCAGAUGUGGCACCAGAUGAGGAGAUUGCACCAAGUCCAGAGACUCCACCCCCUCCCACACCCGUGUGUGUAAAGGGCAGUAAAAUUGCAAAGAACCGACGGACGAUAGCACCUGUUAAGAAUGAUACUCCAUCCAGGGAUAACAGAGCGAUUCCAACCCGGGCCAGACCUCCACAACCUCAACAGCCAGAACCUGCUCCACCUCCCCCAGCCCAGCAGCCUGCACAGCCCACUCAAGCCCAGACACAGCAGCAACUACAGAAUGAAUCCUCACAUCAGCUGAUACCCAGAAAGGAGUUUGGACAGCUUUCGAGGAGGAAGUCAAACUGUGUGAAAGAGGUGGAGAAACUGCAGGAGAAAAGAGAAAGACGCCGGCUUCAGCAGCAGGAGCUCAGGGAGAAGAGAGCUCAGGAGGUGGAUACCACCAUCCCUAACUAUGAGAUCAUGUACAUGAUCCGUGAUUUCCGAGCCAGUCUAGACUACCGACCUCUGACCACAGCGGACCUGAUUGAAGAGCACAGAAUAUGUGUUUGUGUGAGGAAACGUCCACUCAACAAAAAAGAGUUGACCAUGAAGGACUUGGAUGUGAUCACUAUUCCCAGUAAGGACGUAGUGAUGGUUCAUGAACCUAAACAAAAAGUGGACCUGACCCGCUACCUGGAGAACCAGACCUUCCGCUUCGACUAUGCCUUUGAUGACAGCACUACCAAUGAGAUGGUUUACAGGUUCACUGCCAGACCUCUAGUGGAGACCAUCUUUGAGAGGGGCAUGGCCACCUGCUUCGCCUAUGGACAGACUGGCAGUGGAAAGACACAUACUAUGGGUGGAGAUUUCUCUGGAAAGAACCAAGACUGCUCUAAAGGAAUUUAUGCAUUAGCUGCUCGGGAUGUAUUUCUCAUGUUGAAGAAACCCAACUACAAGAAGUUAGAUCUACAAGUGUAUGCAACCUUCUUUGAAAUCUACAGUGGAAAGGUGUUUGACCUGCUGAAUCGUAAAGCUAAGCUGAGGGUGCUGGAGGAUGGGAAGCAGCAAGUGCAGGUCGUGGGGCUUCAGGAGAAGGAGGUCAAGUGCACAGAAGAUGUCCUGAAACUCAUUGAAGUGGGCAACAGUUGCAGAACAUCAGGGCAGACGUCUGCCAACGCUCACUCAUCCCGCAGCCAUGCGGUGUUCCAGAUCAUUCUUCGGAGGAAGGGGAAGAUGCAUGGGAAGUUCUCCCUCAUCGACCUUGCAGGAAAUGAGAGGGGGGCCGAUACGUCGAGUGCCGACCGUCAGACUCGUCUGGAAGGAGCUGAGAUCAACAAAAGCCUGUUGGCCCUGAAGGAGUGUAUCAGAGCUCUUGGUCGUAACAAGCCACACACUCCAUUCAGAGCCAGUAAGCUCACCCAGGUCCUGAGAGACUCCUUCAUUGGGGAAAAUUCACGCACAUGCAUGAUUGCAACAAUCUCUCCUGGCAUGACGUCCUGUGAGAACACACUCAACACUCUACGCUAUGCAAACAGAGUGAAGGAGUUUGGGAUUAGUCCGUCAGACAUCCCCUUCUCCCAGGGCGGUCAGGGGAGUCGCCCUGAGCACUCGCCCACCAAUACCUUUGAGUUCGAUGACUUUGCUGCUACCUCUCCCAGCAGGGUGAAGGAGCUGACAGUGGACCCCAACCAAGUGAUAGAGGGGGGGCGACCCAACAUCCACACUGUCAACCAGCUGGAUCUGUUGGACGAGGACUGGCUGAGUAUCUCACCUCAGAGAGACGACCUCAAACUGCUCUGUGAGCAGAAUGAGGAGGAGGUGUCCCCCCAACUCUUCACCUUCCACGAGGCAGUGUCUCAGUUAGUAGAGAUGGAAGAGCAGGUCCUGGAGGACCACCGAGCUGUUUUCCAGGAAUCUAUUCGGUGGCUGGAAGAUGAAAAGGUGCUGCUGGAGAUGACAGAAGAGGUGGAUUAUGACGUGGAGUCAUACGCCACACAGCUGGAGCAGAUCCUAGACCAGAAGAUAGAAAUCCUCACUGAACUCCGAGAUAAAGUGAAGUCAUUCCGUUCUGCUCUCCAGGAGGAGGAGCAGGCCAGUAAGCAGAUCAACCCCAAGAGGCCACGUGCUCUUUAGAGACCCAAGAGGUUUAAGUGGUACAAACUGAAACGUAACCACUAGAUGUUUGGCACAACUCAAGCUGUCACUAGCAGCUGUGAAAACACAAAUAAAAGGACUGUUUAAUGUAACAAUAGGCUCAAGGAAUUGCAUUUGUUAUGAUCCCUCUCCUAACAAAACUGGCUCUACACUCACUACGGUCUUUUUUAGAAAACUUAGGAAGGAAAAUAGUUUGGUUUCCUUCCAUUUUGUUUUUUUUUUUUUCAUUGAGAAUGUUUAGUUUCUUCUCCCUGUUGUUAAAUUAUUUUUUUUUUAUACUUGUUUUUACUUCCUUUGAACAGAAUAUCUUUGACCUGGUUUAAGGAGAGAUCUUCAUUGAAAAGUUUACGACACAAAACCAGUAUUUGAUUUCUGGUUUCUCUGGCUGACAUUUCUGCAUGUGUACUCUGUGAUAGCGUACGUACGCCACUGUUCCAUGCUUCGGGGUCCUCAGUUGCCAUUAAGUCAUAUUUCAUUGUAUAUGAUCUCUUCUCCUUCCUUCUCAGAGUUUUUACCAGUUUGAGAGAAGCCUUGAACCACAUUGUGCUUCUUUCUUUGUGUUUCUUUCCUCGUGUCCCUGACAGGUUUUUACAUGUAGUUUGCUUCAGUUCGUGCCAUGUCAUUCUGUGGCAACUGACUUAAAAAAAAACUCUUAAUGUAAAACAUGUUUUCCACCCAUUUAACACUUUGUUAUAAAAAUGAAACUAGAAAACUAUUAAUAAAUGUAUAGUGAAGAUGACUGACCUGCCAUUGGUUAUGUUGCUCAGUGUUUGCACCGGAUGUUAUGCUGGAUGAAGAAAUAAAAGUUCAUGUGUUUCAUUCGAAUGACUUCUGUGACAAAUAAAUACUCUGAAUAACUCCUAUAGUCAUAAAACAAACUUUGGUUAGAAAACCUGCUAGCAGUGAUCUGUAUCUUACUAAAGGCUCAUACAUUUCAGCCAAAUGUGUACAUAAUACAAUUUGAACACAUUUUAUGGUAAUUUCAAGUAAGGAGGAAAAAAACCUAACUCUAUGGAAGCAAAUCAGACUCAUCAGAUUCUGAAUUUUAAAAGCUGCUGAAUUUCUUACUUUGAAUUUUUUUUGCAUCAAAAUUACGUAUGUGAAUUUUUUAUGCCUGAAUUUAGCUCAUCAAAAUUCUAAAAACCAGUUAAAAAUUCAAUGUCUUCAAAAUUCACCAUCAAAAAAUUCAAUGUUCAAAAUUCGCCAUCAAAAAAUUCAAUGUUCAAAAUUCGCUGUCAAAAAAUUCGCUGUUCACAUCCGAGGGACUCAGGCGUAGACAAUCGAUCCUGGCCAAAAUCGAACCAACGCCCAGCCAAUCACGUGGCGCUCCUCCGGUCAUGUGACGCAGACGGUUCACCUCACAAGACCGGGGUCAACCACGGCUACCAGCAUGAACGACGGCGCUUCACUGAGUGUAUUAAUCCUUUUUGUCCUGUAUGUGGUUUGUUUUUGUGAGAGUCAGUUAGCUGUAAUGCAUGCCGUUAGCUGCGCUAGCACAGCGUUAGCCGCGCUAAUACAGCGCUAGCGACGCUAAUACAGCGUUAGCCGCGCUAGCCGCGCUAAUACAGCGCUACCCACGCUAAUACAGCGUUAGCCGCGCUAGCCGCGCUAAUACAGCGCUAGCCGCGCUAGCACAGUAAUGAGGUCAUACAGACAGCACGUUCUGCAGCUGGGUAGUUGAGUAACAAUUUUAUAAACGCACAAAUGGGUGGAAGUGUGAUUUAUGCGCCCGAAAAUGCAGUUAAGUCACAGAGCAGUGUAAAGAAACUGGUCACCUAGCAACCUGAAUUAGUCUAGGUAACACUUUGUUUAUUAUGUGUGUUUUCUGCUCAAGUUAAUGUCCUGGUUUGAUUCAUUUUAAAUUACUCCUGAUCUUGAAAGGUUUUAAACUGUGCAGUCAAAGUAGUUACAACUGUGAGCGAAUAGCUUGAAAUGAACUGCCCUAGACUCCUCUGUUCAUAGCCGACCACAGCACGCUAUAUCAAGAGUUAUUGUGCAAUGAUAGUGAUAAAUGCAGCCCAUUUUUUCAACAGUUUCCUGUUUAGUAUGCGUACCCUAGAUUGUUUUUGAUCAUUUGUUGUAGCCAUUUAUUUAAUCAAUUUUAAUCCACUCCAUAGCAACACCGUCUGAACUGACCAGACUCGUGAAAUUCUGGACUGGAUGGGAGACUCUACCAAGAACUCUCUUCGCUGAAGUAGUGAAUGGCAGAUACCUGACAGCCUCCACCUGCUAUGAGACCUUACAUUCCCAGGACAUUACAAGGCCUACGCAUCAUUUAAGACUGACAUCCUGGCCUGUAUUUGCACUUGAGUCAAGAUAUGUUAUGUGUUGUUCUCUAGUUAGUUUUACUUGACUGACAAAACUAAGUGCACUUUUGGAUUCCCUCCCCUACCUGUUCUCCCAACUCACCUGACAGGUUAUCUGGCUCAAGUAUGCGUGUUUCUGCCAUACAUUUAAAGUAUCUGAAGUUAAGAAUAUUUCUGGUGAACAAUACAUGCAAUCACAGCAUUAAAGCAGGAGUUAAAAAUGAA